CCUCGAUAUCAAGUUGCAGAGAGCACAGAGCAAAGCUUUAAUGGCGAGAGCAAGAAAUAUCAAGAACCCAUUCUUGACACUCACUUCAUCACCGGUUUUUCACUUAGUCUCUAUCUCUCCGAUAACUUCUCUUCUCUUCUCUCCCAGAAAAAGCCCAAGAAACCACGCCAAAUUCUUUACACCAUCAACGACUACAACUGCAAGAACUCUCUCUCUCUUCCUUCUUUUACUUCUUUUUUCUUUCUCUAUUUUGGGUAUUUCCAUUUCAAGCUUCAUUCCCUUAUUUUCUCGUGACUCUGUUCCAUGUUCUUUGAUUUCUCCUUCAUCUUCAUACUCUUUUCCUUCUAAAUCACAUUCACAGUUUCUUUUAGCUUCUCUUUCUACAGCAAAUGGAGAAGAUGAGCCUGGACUAGCAAAUAGUGUAAUGGUUCCAUUACCCGCUCAAGGAGUUUCCGGUAAUGUGUCAAAAGAGGAGAAAGAGUUUUGGGAAAAGCCCAAUGGAGAAGGUUAUAAGCCAUGUUUGGAUUUUAGUAUUAAAUAUAGAAAGGCUUCUUCAAGAAUUUCAAAGGAGAAGAGGAGAUUCUUGGUUGUAGUUGCUUCAGGAGGAUUGAAUCAACAGAGGAAUCAGAUUGUUGAUGCUGUUGUUAUUGCAAGAAUUCUUGAAGCUGCUUUGGUUUUGCCUAUUUUACAAGUUAAUUUGAUUUGGGAUGAUGAUAGUGAAUUCUCUGAUAUCUUUGAUGCUGAACAUUUCAAGAGAAUUUUACAAGCUGAUGUAAGAAUUGUAUCAUCCCUCCCCUCCACUCAUUUGAUGUCUAGACAAUCCAUUGAACAUCAAAUUCCUAGUGAUGUUUCCCCUUUUUGGAUACGCGCCAGAUUCUCUAGAAAGCUAAAAGAAGAAGGUCUUCUUGUAUUAAAAGGGUUAGCCUCUAAGCUGUCCAAGAAUCUUCCACCUGAUCUGCAGAAACUUAGAUGCAAGGUAGCAUUCCAUGCACUGAAGUUUGUAACUCCAAUUCAGGAUCUUGGGUAUAUGCUUGCAAGGAGAAUGUGGAUCGAAGGUCCAUACAUUGCCCUUCAUCUCAGGCUAGAGAAGGACGUGUGGGUUAGAAGUGGAUGUCUUACUGGUUUAGGCCAAGAAUUUGACAAAAUCAUAGCUGAAGUUCGCGAAGCUCAACCAGAAUACCUUACUGGAAGGCUAAACAUGAGUCAUACUCAGAGAAGACUCGCUGGUUUAUGUCCUCUAAAUGCAUUAGAAAUUGCAAGACUUUUGAAGGCUUUAGGAGCCCCAAGAAGUGCACGCAUAUAUGUAGCAGGAGGCGAGCCAUUUGGGGGUUCUCAGGCAUUGCAGCCACUUGCAGCAGAAUAUCAAAAUUUAGUGACUAAAGAAAUGCUGUCGAAGGAAGGAGAACUUGCACCUUAUGUCAAGAAAGCUUCUGCUAUGGCUGCAAUUGAUUACAUUGUUUCUUUAAGCAGCAAUGUGUUUAUACCAUCCCAUGGAGGGAACAUGGGACGGCUUAUGCAGGGUCACAGAGCCUAUGUAGGUCAUUGGAAAUGCAUAAAGCCCAAUAAGCGAGCAAUGAUUCCUUUCUUUGAAGACAACUCUCUUUCUGAUGCAGAGUUUGGAAGUAUAGUGAGGAUGCUGCAUAGGAAAUCCAGAGGACAGCCUGAGCCAAGAAGUAAUAAGAGAGAUAGAGAUGUGAUUGCACACCCAGUACCUGAGUGCAUGUGCAAGCACACUACACCCAUUUUUUGAACCAACUCAAAGAAUGACAAUGUACAAUUUUUUGUAUGCCAUUUUGUUUUUCUUAAUGAGUGUACACAGUUCAUUCUACACUCUUCUGUUCUGUCUCCUUUGUAAAUCCAAUAUUGUACUGUUAGAAUGAACAGGAUCUUCCUUCAAGAGUUUGUACCAA